AUGAACUUUGCCGCCAAGAACCCGAGGGAUAUUAUGCUGAGUGUCGUUAAAAACAUUAGCGAAAACACUCCAGUUAAUACUGUUUUGUUAAAUUUCCGAGCUGAGGAUAAAACAGCUCCGAACUAUAACUUGACGUAAGUUUAGGGAAUAUAGUUACUCUAUUAUUCUCAAUGUUUUUGAUGUUGGCACAAUAUUUUAAUUAUAUUGAAUACUAUUCGGUAUUAUUGUGAAAAUGCUGAGAUCAUUUUGAAUGGUUUAAUAAUGUUUUUCCACUUCUAACAAUGCUCUCUCUCUUGACUAUAUUAUUUUAAGUGAAGGUAAUUUGUUUUUAUAGCUAUCGAAUUAACCGACAGUCCGAUCCUAAGAGACAAUUCAGUAUCGACCAGAAUGGAGCUCUCAAGGUCGCCGCAGCCUUGGAUCGCGAAGACAUCAAGCAGUACGCCUUGAGAAUCGAAGCUUUCGAUCAGAGUAAGUGUUUUACAAUGGCUUUUACUUUCAUUGUGGUCAUUGUUGUUAUUUUGACCAUUGUGUGUAUCUUUAUAGUGUUAUUUACUAUUGUAUUAUUACUUUGAGAAGGAAUAACUGACCUUUUGAGUAUUAUAUUUGGUUAGCUUAUUGUUAUCUAUUUACUGUCGUAUUUACCGUAUUUUCUAUAUACCUUAAAUUAAUUUUUGUAUUUUAGUCGGAAACAUUGGUACCCAGUACGUUGACCUUUACUUGGACGAUGAGAACGACAACGCUCCUUUGCUCUACACCGUGCUACACCCUUUCAACGUCUCCAGACCAUGUAUCUUCAUGGAGAACACUCCUCCAGAGCAACUUCCACUGUGUGAGAUCCACGGAUUCGAUCCAGAUACUAAAAAGAACGGUCCUCCAUUCAAAAUGGAACUUAAUAGUACAUUCGCUGACAGUGAUGCCGUCAGUGUGACAUUCGACGAGAGUCUGGACAACGGCAACGGAGGCAUGAUCAUCAGGGCUCUGAAGGAGUUCGAUCGUGAAGAACAGAAGGUCAUCGAGAUUCCGAUCAACGUACAAGAUCAAGGAGGAAUGGCAGCCACCAGAAAGGUCUAUGUUAUUAUUGGCGAUCAAAAUGACAACAAAAUGAGCGAUGGAGCCAUGAAUAUCGAGGUAUACAGCUACGAAGGUCAGCUACAGAGUCAGAGCAUCGGAAGAGUGUAUGUUAACGAUAAGGACGACUGGGAUCUUCCUGAUAAGACCUUUGAGAUGCAGCAAAGCGAAAGGUUCUUCACGGUUGACAGACAAGGAGAUGUAAGUGCAUUUUUUUAAAAUAAUUUUUAACUAUGGUUAUAACAAAAAAUCCUAGAAAAAUUUUAAAUUUUUUUGAAAUAUUUUUGUUUAUGGUAAUAUUAUUAUGAUAAUGUUUAACUUUUUUAAUAUAAAUGACUCAUGUUUCAGAUUGUAAUAUCAUCUGACACCCCUCCAGGCCAAUACACGUUCAAAGUGGACGUGACCGACGCUGUGAAUUCCGGAAACGCGGUUGGAACAGUCACCGUGAACGUCUACGCGUUCCCACAGAUCGCCUUCGACAAUCAGGCUGCCAUCAGAGUGUCAGCUGAGAGCAGAAGCUACUUCGGUAACCCAUCGUACUUCCUGAAUGGGUCUCGAGAAGCCUUCAUCAGCUUGUUGAAGGAGAAGAUCAAGAAGGUCCGGGAUGGCUCUACCAUCAUCGACAUCUUCUCUAUCCAGGGAUCUGAAUACGACGGAACAUACGACAUCAGAUUCACCGUGCAGUCUGGAGGCCAAUACCUCUCAAAGACUUCUGUAGAAGGUCUGAUCUCCGCUCAUCUGAAUGAGUUCGAACGUGCCAUUCAAGCUGACAUCAAGGCUGUGGGUAUUGACAUGUGUAAGGACACAAGGUGUGACAACGGAUGCCAGACUCGACACACCGCGUCUAACGUAUGUUUAUAUUGUUUUUUAUAACUAUUUACGCUUGUUCUUAUUAAUACUAUGAUAUGAUUAAUGUGAUGAUUAAUAUUAUGUUUUUUAGUCUGGAGUUGUUGUUGCCCAUAAUCAUACGGUACUUGUGGGUAUCAACUCAACGUCCACUGAUGUCUGUGAGUGUCCCAUCCAAACGGCUGCCAGUUCAUGUUCGGCUGGAUACUGCUACAACGGAGGUAUCUGUCACAACUUGAACCCAGGAGCGACGUGCCAAUGUAAGAAAGACUUGCCUGGUGAUCGAUGCCAAGGAACGACCAGAACGUUCCAUGGUGAAGGCUACGCCUGGUUCAAGAGCAUGCCUGCGUGCACCUCCUUGAACAUCUCCUUCUCCUUCAGAACGUAAGUAUAGUCAACUUAAGUUUUGCUACUGUAACUUUUAUUGAGUUUAAAAAGGUUAUAUUAUAAUAUGUAUUUACAGAAACGAAGACGGAAUCUUGAUCUACAACGGUCCCUUCAAACGUGCUGAAGCCUACAUUGGAAUUAAGAUCCGCUACUCCGACUAUCUCUAUGCUGGUAUUGAACAAGGUGCUCUGGUGGUGCGACAACUGAAUGGUCGUCUACCUGUCAAUAUUACUGUUGGUGCUGUUUUGACAGACGACCAAAUCCACCAUGUUACUAUUAUCCAAACCCACAAAAAGUUGGAAGUCAUCUUGGACUACAGUAACAACGACAAUGACAACUCCUACAGAAUGGUGGAGGCCGAUGACGAUGAGCGUCUGAAUGUUGUGAAUCCUCUUCAGAUCGGUGGAGUCUACUUGGCCGAAGAUGAAGCUGAUAUUCAUCCGAUCAUCAGAAACAAACGCGGAUUCAAUGGCUGUAUCAUGGACUUUAUCGUGAACGGAGAAGAGUACGACCUUGAGAGUCCAGAAGUCGCCUACGACUCGGACAACAAGUGUGGUUGUACGGAGGACAAGAGUUGUGUUCACGGAAAGUGCUUCGUGAAGGUAAAGGGAAGAGUGGAGGGUUGUAGAUGCCCUCCCGGCUACAUGGGCAAGAACUGCGAGAAUGUAGCACCGUGGAUUCAGUUUGUGGAUUCAAGCAGCUUCGUCAAGUUCACCACCAGGGAAAGCGAAGACUACAACAUCAGAAACGAUGUGGAAGCUCAGAUUGUUCUUCCACGUGAACCCAAAGAUAGUCGUAUCUUGACCUUGGAGAAGGAUGAUGUUGUAAGUUAUAUGUUUUGUCAUAUUACUUUAUAAGGUUUUUGUGUGAUAUUUUCACAUUGGUAACAAAUAUAAUAAUAAACUUGUAGUAUAAAUAACUUGUUUUAGCCCUUGUCAACCCUCCAACUCGAGAACCAAUCCCCUGUAGCCCAAAUGAAUGACAUAGUCAACUCCGAGAAGCUACAAUUCCACAAACUGUCACUAACUCCAGGCGUUCCAUACCACGUUAAACUGCAUCGUGAUCGUUACGUGUCCUCUAUGACUGUUGACUACACGACCCACGUCACCAAGGUGAUCUCCAACAACAUGAGGACACUUCAGGAUGUUCAUACCAUCACUGCUGGAGCCGCGUCCUUCGGAUUCGCUGGAUGUAUGAGAGGACUGAACUACAACGGAGACUACAAGAACCUCACGGCUGACAAUCUGGACAACAACGACGUGACGAGCUUCGACUUGGGCUCCCGCUUCGACCAGUUCGGAAUCAAAGACGGCUGCCCAUACUUGGCGACGUGUGCUGGCAUUGGCUCGGGAAUGUGUCCAGCUGGCCAAGUCUGCGUAGAUCAUUGGAAAGGCCCCAUCUGCACUUGUCCUGAUGGUGCCAUCGCUUCUCUCAAGGGAGACGGUACUUUGUCAUACUGUAACGAAGUGGCUGCCGUCAGUUCGCUGAGUAUCACCAGCCCAGCACUCAUUUUCAUCUUGGUAUGUCUGCUAAUGCUGAUUCUGCUGGCCCUGGUGAUGGUGACCUACACAAGAAAGAAGAGAUCUCCAUUCGAUCUCGUGAAUCCAGAAGAGUUCAAACGCGACAACCUCAGGCAGUACUCGUUGGAGGGUGGAGGUGAGACUGACAACAACCGCCACAACAUCGCCAACCUCAGGAAGCCGGUCAUGCCGUUCGAAGGCGGAAACGGGCUGGGCCAGAAAGUCUACCCACACAAACCUGCUGGUAAGUUUAUGUUGUUGUAUCAAAGAAAAUAAUGUAUUAAAACUUAAAAAUCUGUUAUCUUAAGUUCUUUGAAACCUAACUUAUGUUGUUUUAGAUGACGGACUGAACUCGCAGGUCGAUAACCUGGACCGCGACCCCAACAGCGGCCCAUACGACGAGCUGAGGAUGUAUAACAUCGAGGGAGACAACCAGUCCACGCUCUCAUUCGAUUCCCUGGAUUCCGUCCGACCAGGUAACCUGGAGACGAUGGACAACAGAGACAUACGAUACUAA